AUGCAAUUCGGUUCCAUCUUCUCCCUCGCAGCUGCGCUGCUGAGUGCCACUGUUCAGGGUUACGCCAACCCCGGUGCCUGCUCCGGUCAGUGCUGGAGUCACGAUCCUUCCGUUGUCCGCCGCGAUGAUGGAACCUACUUCCGCUUCGAAACCGGCAGCAAGAUUGGUAUCUGGAAGGCUCCCGACUUGGUUGGCCCUUGGACUUACCAGGGCGCUGCUCUCCCCAAGGGCAGCAAGAUCAACCUUAAGGGCAAUAACGAUCUUUGGGCCCCCGAUGUGAACAAGGUCGGCAACCAGUACAUCCUCUAUUACACCGUCUCGUCCUUUGGCGUUCAGGACUCGGCCAUCGGCUAUGCUACCUCCCCGACCAUGGAGGCCGGUUCCUGGACCGACCACGGCGCCACCGGCGUUGCUUCCAAAGAUGGCAGCCGUUACAAUGCCAUCGACGCACAGCUUGUCAAGUCGGGCAGUAACUACUUCCUGAACUUCGGCUCUUUCUGGCAAAACAUCUUCCAGGUACCGCUGAACUCUGCCGCCACCAAGGCUAGCGGCAAUCCCUACAACAUCAUCUUCAACGGUACCGCUCCUCAGCCCGUCGAGGGUGCUUUCGUCUUCGAGCGGAGCGGCACCUUCUGGGCUUUCUUCAGCUCUGGAUCCUGCUGCGGUCUGGACAAAAAGCGUCCUACCCCGGGCAACGAGUACAAGAUCUUCGCAUGCCGGGCUUCCUCUGUCAACGGUCCCUACACCGACAAGAGCGGCAAGAGCUGCGUCCAGGGCGGCGGCACGCUUCUACUCGCCAGCCACAACAAGGUCUACGCGCCCGGCGGACAGGGAGUAUUUACUGACCCUAAGCGUGGUACCGUCCUCUAUUACCACUACAUGAACACCGAUAUUGGCCUCGCCGAUUCUCAGACUCAGUUUGGCUGGAACGUCAUCAGCUGGUCUGGCGGCUGGCCUUCCGUCUAA